UCGUGCGGUUUCCUACUGGCGUACAAUUUCCGGGACGUCCUUGUUAGUGGAUGAAGGACUGUAAACAGGAUUUUUACGGGGACUUUCAGCGAUUGUGUUUUUUCUAGUGUAAAGGGUCCCGCGUGAAGUGUCCAAAAUGUCAGGAUCAAACGCAUUAAAUGCCAAGCAGCCGCCGAUUCAGUCGACGGCGGGAGCUGUGCCGAUCCGCAAUGAAAAAGGUGAAAUUUCUAUGGAGAAGGUGAAGGUGAAGCGAUAUGUGUCGGGUAAGCGUCCAGACUAUGCCCCGAUGGAGUCCUCAGAUGAAGAAGAGGAGGAUUUCCAGUUUGUUAAGAAGGGUAAAGAGGCUGAGCCAGAGAUGGAAAUUGAAGAGGAGGAAAAAUCUGAUCCUCGUCUUCGGCGUCUCAUGAAUCGAGUGACUGAAGAUGUUGAAGAAAAGCUUGCGAGACACAGGCAGAUAGCAGAGCCAGAGCUGAUUGCUCAAAGCAGUGAGGACUCGGAUGAAGGAACGUGGCACCCUGAGCGAGAGGAGAGCAGCGAAGAUGAAGAAGAGGAGGAAGUCGAUGAUGAAGAAAUUGAGAGGAGGAGAGCAAUGAUGCGUCAACGUGCACAAGAGAGGAAGAACGAGGAAAUGGAGAUCUUGGAGGUGGAGGUAGAGGAGGAGGCGGGGAAGUCUGGUGAUGAACCUGAAUCCGAGUCAGAGUACGAGGAAUACACAGACAGCGAGGAUGAAACUGAGCCUCGGUUAAAACCGGUGUUUAUCCUAAUACCAAUAAAUGGCUGUAAAAUGACCGAAAUUACUUUUCUGCAGAAGUACUAUCACAGAGGAGCUUUCUUCAUGGAUGAAGAGCAAGAUGUCUUCAGGAGAGACUUCAGUGCUCCAACUCUCGAGGACCAUUUCAACAAAACAAUCUUACCCAAAGUCAUGCAGGUCAAAAACUUUGGACGUUCCGGACGUACAAAAUACACACAUCUGGUGGAUCAGGACACCACUUCAUUUGAUUCUGCCUGGGCUCAGGAGAGCGCUCAGAACAGCAAGUUCUUCAAGCAGAAGGCAGGGGGCGUGAGAGACGUGUUCGAUCGGCCAACAGUGCACAAGAGGAAGACUUAAUCCUGUUGUUUAUGCUAGAAGAGCACAUUCAGCUCAAACAAGGACUCUUUUAACCUUUGCUCCCCUCACCUUUGUUUUGCUAGUGUUGGAGAAACCUCACAACAAAGAUAUCAAAUCUUUAUUGCAUUUGGAUUGUAUGCAUCUACACAUUUCAUUGAGUGUACAGAAUUCUGAGGCUUUAGUUUCACUGUUUCUAAUGGGAUAAUCUACUUUUUGUUUUACAGCGAUAAAUUACUAUGACACUGAUCGCAUUGG